ACACCGCAUCCUGAGCAGCUGUGACCCGCGAUAACAAACAAAAUGCUAUCAACACACACAAAUAAUUACUCCACUACUGACUGCAAGCGCCGAGCUUCGCUUAUCAGUGUCCAGUAGCGCGCGGACGACUCACUAUGUACCGGGAACUCAACCAUCACUAUUUCCUCAAUAGCAUGUCUCAUAGUUCAGUGUUGCGAUGCGAGUGAGUGACCAUGGGUGAUUUAUUCCCUUCGAUCCCGCGGAGCACGGCCGGGGUCGUCAUCCGCAACGCGAGCGGGCUGGAGGAAUACUCCACGGAUGAGGAGCUGGCUGCCGUGGAGCUGUUCAAGGACUACCCGGAGGCCCUGCUGCGGUUCGCUAGCGUCUGCUGCGUCAUGUUCAUGCUGGUCGGCAUCCCGGGGAACCUCAUCACGAUCGUGGCGCUCGCGAGGUGCAAGAAGGUGCGAAACGCGACAGCCGUCUUCAUCAUGAACCUAUCCUGCUCAGACCUUCUCUUCUGCUGCUUCAACCUUCCCCUGGCAGCUUCGACCUUCUGGCGCCGCUCCUGGGCUCAUGGCAGGACUCUCUGCCGCAUGUUCCCGCUGGCUAGAUACGCCCUGGUGGCGGUCUCGCUGUUCACGGUGCUGGCCAUCACGAUCAACAGAUACGUCAUGAUCUCACACCCGCGGCUUUAUCCGAAGUUAUACAAACGGCAGUAUUUAGCGAUAAUGGUUGCGAGUACUUGGACGUUUGCAUUCGGCGCCCUGAUUGCCACGUGGAUGGAGAAGUGGGGCCGCUUCGGUCUGGACCCCAGCAUCGGAUCCUGCUCCAUACUCCCCGACUCCAACCACCGAUCUCCGAAAGAGUUCCUCUUCGUAGGAGCAUUUAUGCUCCCCUGCCUUGCCAUAGUGGUGUGCUACGCCAGAAUCUUCUGCAUAGUGAGAGAAGCUGCAUUAAGAUCGCGGGCUCCUAUCGGGAGACCCAGGUGCAACCUCGAGGAUUCCGCAGUGGGCUCCGCGUCUACAGCGUUAGAAAGAUCUCCCGGACCAGAAAAUGGGACGAAUCAUGUAGCGCUCCCUAAAAGGACCUUGCUCGCUCCGCCCGUCGUGCACUGUCCUCCGACUCCCGGCCCGGAAAGGUCGUCUUCGUCAGGAGUAGACACGCUCGAUGGUCACGACGAGGAGUGUGCUCUCGACGCGAAGCCCAGGACUCCAAGUGGAGGAGAAACGGCUAAAAGGCUUCGCCAAGCCGCCGCGGUGCUGAAGCGGUCUCCCGCGCCGGUGCGGCCGCCGCGCUUGACACCCAAAGACAGGAAGCUCCUCAAGAUGAUCAUGGCGAUCAUGCUCUCCUUCUGGGUAUGCUACUUGCCAAUAACCCUGACGAAGAUCUUCCGCGAGUUCACGUCGCACCCGCUGGCCAACAUCGCGGGCUACAUCCUCAUCUACCUGACCACGUGCAUCAACCCGAUCAUCUACGUGGUGAUGUCCAGCGAGUACCGGCAGGCCUACAAGAACCUGCUGAUGUGCCGGCGGAAGGCGUGACGGUCGCCCGGGGACGGACCCUCGGACAAGCGGCCGCCGUGACUAGUCGUCACCUUCAAGGAAAACCAAAGACUACUGUAAAAACAUUCGUGAUACUAUAGGCUCUCGAGUGUAGUGUUCGUGUUUGAGAAUGGAUGUGUUUUAGGGAUGUAGUGUGUUUUGUAAUAUGAAGACAAUCGUAUCCCGUCCGUGACGUGUGCUAAUGGAGUCGAGUGGGCUCGCCGGUAUGAAGGUAUUUGUAAUGUUCAGCCGUUGAGAAGAAAUUCGUGACGAAAUGGCUGAAUUCGUGGAGAAAUGGCCGUGAUGACUGAUGUCUACUCCGUUGUAAUAUUUAGUAAUGUAAGUAUGGGUAGAACUGUUAAUGCAAUUUCGUAUUUAUAAGUAUAGCUUAACGUUAUAAUCUCCAUUGGAGAAAUGUUACAGUAUUCAUAGAUAUAUUUUUGGUUUCGUGUCGUUCAAUAAACAGGUAUUUUAUCAUUCCUUUUAAUGUUAUUUGUCUGUAAAAGGAGACUGGUAUAUGUAAUAGGAACUCUCUGAUAUUUUUUGUGCAUUUAAAUUUAGUUAAGUGUAGGAGUUAUUUAUUUACUUUAAAUCAUAAACUAUAAAUAAUUUAUAAUACGAAGGAACAGUUCAUGGGCAUUUAGAAUAUACCAAUAUUUGAUGAUUUAUUUAAUUUACUCAACUCUCAACUAAGUAUAUUCUAAAUGACCUUAAAACUGUACCUUUGUUUUUGCUUAGAGGUAAGAAAUAAUUUUAAACCAAAUAAUAAUGGUAGAAAGCAAUAACCCAACAUUGUAGAUGAAUAGUGAAAAACCAGAAAUAAAUGUACUGGUGUGUUAGCUCGUUAUUACUAUCUAAUUAAGAUUUCCUUCUAUAUAAAAUUUACUCCUUUUACCAUCGGUCCACAUUGGAACAUGUUAGGUACUUGUACCUACAUUUCAGUGGACCUUGCUUGUCGAUCAGUGAAAAGUAAACGCGAAUUUGUACAAUGAGUUUCAGGUUUCGCAGGCUGAAAAAUAUUUGCGAAAUUGACGUGUUGAAAAACAUUUCCACGAAAAAUCAUUUUCAGGUGAUCGAUGUGUGAAGCCUUCGGGCAAAAUAUUAUGUGUAGGUACGAUUUGUAAUGAAAUGGUGGCGAUGUACAAUGGUUAAACAAAAUUGAAAACUGUAUAAUAAGAAUAUUAUAAUGUAGGCACUUUAAAAUAAUAAAAUAUUAGGUAAUAUGGUACGUACUGAAUGUACAAUAUCAAUGUGUGAUAUUUUUGUAAAUAAAAACCUAAAAUACUAUGUCAAAGACAUUGAACAAAAUAUUCUGCCGGAAUACCAAAUUUAUAAUAAUAUUGAAUCGAAGAAGGUGCUGGUUUUAAACAAGUUAUUGUAGUGUUCUGAAGGGAAAAUGUUCCAAGCAUUUUAAGAUUAAAAUUAGUUAGUAUUUAUUUGUAUUUUUUGUAACUCCACAUUAAAAUUUUAUUUUUAUAUUUCUUACGCUACAAAA